UUUACCUUGCUUAAACCGAUUAAUGUACUAUUAAAACUGUCGUUGUAUCUUUUUGUUCAAAAAUCCAUCCAAGUUUGGAAUCUCUAUGUAAUGCAAACGAUUAAUAUGGUCAAAAUGGGUCAAGAGUUCCAACUUUUUGGUCAUUGAUUGCCUCAAGUUUCUGCACAUUGUUCCUAUUUUGAGAUGCAUGUGAAACUCAUGAGCACUUUGUUAUUGAUGUCAUUUAUUUUUUCUUGAUUGCAUAAAAUGGUUCUCUCCAAUUCUGGUGGUUUAGUUGUGCCUGAUUUUUUAGUUGAGGAGCAUAAAACAUGGGAUUUGAUUAGACCCAUUUCAAAGUUUCUAGCUUUCCAUUUUGGAGAGUUCAAUGAUAGGAAGCAUUCAAGCUGUUUGAUAUUUAGUUCAAUUUGUUCAUUCAUUCGUCAGUGGUUGUUUAUUUGUUUACCCACAUUCUUGAAUUUGGGAAGUGGAAACAAGGCCCGAAAGGCUUAAGUAACUCCUUCUCCAUGAGUUUUCCAACAGGCUCUCCCAGAGGUUCUUGGCAGCCAACCAUGACUGCUCAAACCAACAACCAUAGUUACUGGCUGAACUGGAGAUUUUUGCUUUCUUCCAUCUUGGUUAUGGUCUCAAUCACCUUCUCAUCAGUGCUGAUAUGGAAGCAUGAACGUUUGAGAAGGAUAGCGAGAAAUGGCAGCAGGGAAAUUCAAGAAGAAACAUCAGCAACUUUGUAUGAGGAUGAAACUUGGAGGCCUUGUCUGAAAGGAAUUCACCCUGCCUGGUUGAUGGCUUUUAGAGUCUUUGCAUUUUUUGUUCUUUUGGUGCUUCUCAUAGUGAAUGUUGUUGUUGAUGGGGGAAGCAUUUUCUACUAUUAUACUCAGUGGACUUUAACUUCAGUCACCAUUUACUUUGGGCUUGGAUCUUUGCUCUCUAUGCAUGGAUGUUACCAACAUCAUAAGAAAGCGCGUGGGGAUAAGGUUGAUAAUGUGGAUGGAGAUGCAGAGAAAGGAAUGCAUAAUGCUCCUGCAAUCCCUCCAGGUUCUAAUGCAUCUGACCAAGAGAAAAACUUGAAGGCCCCAGAAAAAGAUCCUCUUCGCCAACUUGCGGGAACUUGGGGUUAUAUUUUUCAAAUAAUAUUCCAGAUCAAUGCAGGUGCUGUUAUGCUCACUGAUUGUGUAUUUUGGUUCAUAAUUGUUCCGUUUCUUACCAUCAAAGAUUACAAUCUAAAUUUUUUCAUAGUCAGCAUGCAUACAUUCAAUGCGGUUUUCCUUAUCAGUGAUACAGCUUUAAAUUGCUUGCGGUUCCCUUGGUUUCGAAUCGGAUACUUUUGCCUAUGGACAGUCACAUAUGUGAUUUUCCAGUGGAUUGUUCAUGCUUCCAUUAAUCUCUGGUGGCCAUAUCCAUUUCUUGACUUGUCAUCCUCAUAUUCUCCACUAUGGUACUUUGCAGUGGCACUACUGCAUAUUCCUUGCUAUUCUAUUUUCCCUUUGGUGAUGAAGCUGAAACACGAUGUGUUUUCAACAUGGUACCCUGACUCAUAUCAAUGUGUUAGGUGACUUUGGCUUAGGACUAAGCUACGGCUUCAAAUUUCUGAAGUAUGAAGUGAACUCACAUACUGAAAUAAAUAAAUAGCAAAUAUUACCUCUUUGUUUAUUUUGUUUUUCCCGGGAAGAAGCAACUAGAAAUUUGCUCUUCCUAACACUUCUCAAAGAGAUGCCCUAUGUUUGAAUACACGUGGUUAAAUGUGCAAACAGGCCCUAAUACUCGCUUUGAUAUAAAAAAUAAUGAAACUCUUAUAAAUUGAGAUGAGGGUAAUGAUAUAUACACACCUCAUUUUUCAAAUACUUCAUUUCCACCUCUUUU